GACGUAGAGACUGAUCCCCGCUUAUAACCGGAAAAGGGCAGAAUCGGUAAACAGAUCGAGGUUAUUGUUGCCCUCCAUCUUCAGAUCGGUAGAGAAUCAUCCAGAGGCCAUAAUGGGAGCGGUUCUUGGGCUGUGCUCCAUGGCGAGCUGGAUCCCCUGUCUGUGUGGGAGUGCGCCCUGCCUACUCUGUCGCUGCUGUCCGAGUGGGAACAACUCCACCGUCACCCGGCUGAUCUACGCCUUCUUCCUGAUGCUGGGCGUGGGCGUGGCCUGCAUCAUGCUGAUGCCCGGCAUGGAGGCGCAUCUCAACAACAUCCCCGGCUUCUGCGAAGGAGGGAUGGGGUCAUCGCUGCCUGGGGUGAAGGGCCACGUGAACUGUGACGUGCUGGUGGGCUACAAGGCGGUGUACCGCACCUGCUUCGGCAUGGCCAUGUUCUUCCUGCUCUUCUCUCUGCUCAUGAUCAAGGUCCGCAGCAGCCAAGACCCGCGGGCCUCGCUGCACAACGGGUUCUGGUUCUUUAAGUUUGCGACGGUUUUUGCCAUCACCGUCGGAGCUUUCUUCAUCCCCGAGGGAUCCUUCACUACUGUGUGGUUCUACGUGGGCAUGGCCGGGGCCUUCUGCUUCAUCCUCAUCCAGCUGGUGCUGCUCAUCGACUUCGCCCACUCCUGGAAUGAGUCCUGGGUGGAGAAGAUGGAGGAGGGAAACUCGCGCUGUUGGUAUGCAGCGCUGCUGUCCGCCACCACGCUCAACUACCUGGUGUCUCUGGUGUCCCUGGUGGUGUUCUACGUGUACUACACGCAUCCCGAGGGCUGCACCGAGAACAAGGUCUUCAUCAGCAUCAACAUGCUGCUUUGCCUGGGCGCCUCGGUGGUGUCAGUGCUGCCUCAGAUCCAGGAGUCCCAGCCGCGGUCAGGCCUGCUGCAGUCGUCUCUGGUCACCCUCUACACCAUGUACCUCACCUGGUCCGCCAUGACCAAUGAGCCCGACAGGAACUGCAACCCCAGCCUCCUGGGGAUCAUCGGUCUAAACAGCACCGCCCCGGCGGGGCAGGAGCACGCGACGGUGCAGUGGUGGGACGCCCAGGGCAUCGUGGGGCUGCUCCUCUUCCUCAUGUGUGUCCUCUACUCCAGCAUCCGCAACUCGUCCACCUCGCAGAUGAACAAGCUGACCCUGGCCAGCGACGAGUCGGCUCUGAUGGAGGAUGGGCCGCACUCCGACAACUUCCAGGAGGGCAGCAGCGACGGGCAGUCCCGGGCCACAGACAACGAGAAGGAUGGGGUCACCUACUCCUACUCCUUCUUCCACUUCAUGCUGUUCCUUGCCUCGCUGUACAUCAUGAUGACCCUCACCAACUGGUACAGCCCUGAGGCCGACUACCAGACCAUGACCAGCCGCUGGCCCGCCGUGUGGGUCAAGAUGUGCUCCAGCUGGAUCUGCAUGGCCCUCUACGUGUGGACCCUGGUGGCGCCGCUGGUCCUGGUCAACCGAGACUUCGACUGAGGCGUCCUCCGUCGCCUAAGCACCGCCCACUCCACCCGUCUCAUGUGUUUUAAUGUCGUUGACGUCAAGUGAACAAAGGUUAGGUUUGACAAGCAGGCCUACACUAGACCACAUCAUUUUAAUGAUCUAAAGUUAAAAAGAAACUCUUGCUUGGGGAUGGUUUUCUUGAUGUGAUGCGGACAUCAGAAGAUGGCUUCAUACCCGAUGUACCCAAAGGUAUUUACUCAUUAGAAAAGACUAAAGAAUAUGGAAAUUACAAUGAAUAAACAAAAGCCAAUUUUAGCUCACAUGUGAUCUAGUGUAAAGUCUAAAUGAAUGUUUUAUUUCUUCAAGCCCAUCUAGUUGUAUGACGUAUGAUGUUGGCUUAUGGCUCAAGUCUGCUUUAGAUUCAUCCCUUUGUUGUCAUUGUUGGAGGAAAUCCUAAAGAAUGGUAUAUUUUAAUCGUUCAAAGAUUUUCUGCAGUGUUCUCUUGCUUCCAAACAGCCCAUAGCCUGUUGUGUAUUGGUCAAAGUUGUGAUUUCUCAGUAGCCUGAUGUAUUGGUGAGGCCGGCUGUUACCGUUGUAAAUACUUUACCCCUCUUUGAUGGGGUAUUAUUUCAUGUCAUUUUUUCCAUAUUCUAGAUAGAAUAGUAACAUGCUUUUGUUUUAAAGUUGUGAUUCUUGAAACUGAUGAGCAGUAACAUUAUUUUAGUAAAAUAAGUUUUGGUUCAAUUUGAAGGCACGUUUAAGUAUUGCGUAUUUACAAAUAUGAAUAAAAAAACAGAAUGACCUACUUCCUCUGCACCAGACAUGGGAUUCAUUGCUUGCAGUCGUGUGUAUCAUAUAGCUGAGGGCUGGAACAGUUCAUGAAUUACAACACGAUGUAGGAUAAAGCUCUGCAUGAUAUAAACUUUAUCGUUGCUGUGGCUAUUUUAUUAUCCUGAUUUAAAAAUAAAUAUACAAGAAGUCUGACAUUUGAUCCUGUACUGGUAAUUUCAUUUGCACUGGACUUAACUUGGCUUGUAUUUAUGUUAGGCGCUUAGUCACAAUGUAACAAUGUUAUAAAUUAAAGUUUCCUCCC